UUCUUUUAAAAAAAAUUGUUUCCUGUCUUAUUCUUUCGUUUAGGAUUGUCGUGCCAAAGUGGGAUUAGUUUGAAAGACUUUUAUUUCGCGAUUGUUUUUUACAAAAUCACCUUUGUGAGUAUUGUGUGUGUGUUCUGCUUCCGUUGGGGACUCCAGACAUUUAAACGCUCCCAACGCGUGUAAACGCUUUCAGCUUUUUAACUGCCAGAUAUCGAGAUAAAAUGUCGCCUGCGGUUGGCCGUUGGUCGUCCUCCCGGAUUUGAUGACCACCGAGGACCGUAUCCGCGGCCUACACGGGCACCGGCACAAGAACUAACUUUUAAUUCGCCCCACGAAUGACACAUUUAGCAUGCUAAGCUAACUAGCCAAUGGCUUCCACAUCAGAACACCCAAGCUGUCGCUGUUAGCCCGCUGUGGUCCGCCGGUUUACAGGUUCCAAUCUCCAGACCCCAGUCUUCCCCACUCAAGAGUGUUUGUUCAUCUCGGAGACUAAAUGCAACUGGAUCAGGGGGCUUGUGGGCAUGAAGUGGCUGGGCGAAUCCAAGAACAUGGUAUUAAAUGGCAGACGACACGGAACCAAGUUGACCAGCGAGCAACAUGUGAGCCAGACUCGCUCCCAGCACUCCCAGCGGGCCUCCCUGCGCCACAUUAAAAACAGAAGUCGAAGAUGUAGCCGCAGGUUCAGUACAACCAGUCUGGAGGCGGGGACGCGCUAUGUGCCCUCCUCGGGAAUGACCGCCAAGGAGUUGUGUGAGAAUGACGACCUGACCACGAGCCUCAUCCUGGAUCCUUAUCUGGGCUUUCAAACUCACAAGAUGAACACCAGGUCAGCAACCUCAGGGGAGCUGUUGGUUGUCAUGAAUAAAAGUCCUAUUCAUUGUGGACAUAUGUCAAUAAGUUAUUUAUUUAUUUCUGAUUUUCACAUCUGUAUUCCAUCACUAAUGCGUCCCCACAGAUUUCGACCGAUUAAGGGACGACAGGAAGAGUUGAAAGAGAUCAUCGAGCGCUUCAAGAAGCACGACAACUUGGAGAAAGCCUUCAGAGCUUUGACGACCGGAGACUGGUCGCGAAAUCAAUUUCUCCACAAGACGAAAGCUCAAGAAAAGCUCUUCAAGCAACAUGUAUUUGUGUACCUGCGGAUGUUUGCCACAGACAGCGGCUUUGAGAUUCUGCCUUGUAAUCGAUACUCAUCCGAGCAAAACGGGGCUAAAAUUGUGGCAACAAAGGAAUGGAAAAGAAAUGACAAGAUCGAGUACCUGGUGGGAUGCAUCGCGGAGCUUUCAGAGAGUGAGGAAAACAUGCUGCUGCGGCACGGGGAGAAUGACUUCAGCGUCAUGUACUCGACACGCAAGAACUGUGCGCAGCUCUGGCUGGGACCAGCUGCGUUCAUCAAUCACGAUUGUCGACCAAACUGCAAGUUUGUGUCGACGGGACGAGACACGGCCUGCGUGAAGGUUUUGAGGGACACCGAACCCGGAGAGGAAAUCUCAUGUUAUUAUGGAGAUGGUUUUUUUGGGGAAAACAAUGAGUUCUGUGAAUGCUAUACGUGUGAACGGCGGGGUAUGGGUGCUUUUAAAUCCAAAGCAGGGCUACCUGUGGAGGUGCCGGUGAUCAACAGCAAAUACGGGUUGCGGGAGACGGACAAGCGUCUCAACAGGCUGAAGAAGCUGGGGGAAGGAAACCGGAGCUCAGACAGUCACUCUGUGGGCUCCCACACGGACGGAGACUCUCAGGAAAUGCCAAAAACACAUCAAUCUGCCAGAAAAAGAACAUCAUCCUCUGGCCUGAAGUAUAAGAACAGGACUCAAUCCAGACAGACUUUGUCCAGAGCCCUUACUACCUCAUGUUCAAAACAAGGUCGUGUGAACAAUAACAGGGUACCAAAGAUACUGAAAUCCCAAUCCAAGCCUUCACUAAGUAAAGUCCAGCUGCGGAGUCGCAGGAGGGGGGCGGAGCCCAAGGCGUCUGCUAAAGGGGAGACUGGCCAGCUGGGUCUCAGGGACUCCAAGGUGUCGCUGUGUAAAGGCCUCGCCGUGAAGAAGGAGAAGGAUGGACAGGAGCUGAUGCAGCAGACGUUGGGCCAGCGGGGCUGCCUCACCCGGCACGCUGCCAAGGAAAACGGCAGCGCGCCGCACGGGCGAGGCAGCGAGGGCGGCCAGUGCACCACGUACAGGACUCGCAGGUCCACGCGGACCCUCGUCAAGGCCCAGGAGGCCACUGGCGUUAAGCUGGAGCCCAGCGCCAUGAACGGCUUGAGCCCGGUCCCCGGGGGAGUGGUCAUCAAAACGGAGCCGGCCGACAUGGAGGAGUACCUCCGCCACGGCGUCGGCCUGGAGCAGCCGGCGUUGGACGGCGGCUACGCCAGGCGGGGCUCGUCCUCCAGGCGGAAGCGGCUGACGCGUCUCCGGACAGAGCGGACAAUCAAGCGCGAGGAUUCGUACGGCGAGCCCUUCACGCCGGGGCCAUGCGGCAACGUGCUGCUCAGCUUCGCCGACCGCCACCGCGACUACAACGGGGUUUCCAGCGGCAGCAAGUCGCUGCGCAGGGGCAAGAGCAAGAGCGGGUGCCGCUCGCAGGACAAGGGGAAGAAGAAGCGUCAGAUCACGCGAUACGACGCCCAGCUGAUCCUGGAGAACAACACGGGGAUCCCCAAGCUGACGCUCCGCCGGCGGAGAGACAGCAGCAGCAGCAAGACCAACGACGCCAACGAGCCCGUCGGCUCCUCCGCCGUCAACUCGCCGUCCUCCAGCUCCAAGAUCAGCAUCAAGUUCAGCAAGGACCACGACAAGGACAAAGGGGGCUCGUACAUCGCCAAGCUGAACAACGGCUUCGCCCCCGUCGUCCACGGCAACGCCGCCAAGCUGAAGAUCCAGCUGAAGAGGGAGGACGACGCGCGCCGGAUAUCCCAGUCGUCCCAGAUGUCCUACAACGGGGACAUGGGCCAGAGUCUGGAGGCCAGGACAGGUGGACAUCGGACCCAAAAGGCCCUGGCAGAGCCGUCGUCAGAGGAGGAGGAGGAGGAUGAUGAUGAGGAGGAGGAUGAAGACGACGAGGGCGAUGAAGAUGAUGAUGAUGAUGAAGAUGACUACUUCGACAAUGAGUUUGAUGACGAUUUCAUUCCACUUCCUCCAGCAAAGCGCCUCCGACUGAUCGUGGGUAAAGACUCCAUAGACAUCGAUAUCUCCUCCAGGAGGAGAGAGGAUCAGUCGCUGCGGCUCAAUGCAUAAGCCCCUCCCUCCUCCAACCCCCCCCCCUGUAAAUAAAGACGACUAGCUAAUCAACUGUUGUGUUGAUGUAAAAGAAGUACAGUAAUUUAAAAAGGAAAAAAAAUAAUUCUGAAUGAAGGUGCUGUUGAUUUAAAAUGAAACGCUGUUAUUCACUUAUGUUCAUCACCAAGUUGUUAUAAAAGCAAGGGACAUUAUUUAAGCAAACACGUUUAAUCUGAACACUAUUCUAAAUCCGAACUGCGACUUGUCAACUGGUGCUCGUUAUGGUUUCUGAAAUGAUCCUAAGUGUAAAGCACGCGUUUUAGUUUUAAGCUCAAUGCUUCCUUUAAGUGAAUGCACUUGUUCUAUUCAUCAUUGACAUGGAUAUUGUAGAAAGUGUACAGUAUGGUGACUAUCCCCUCUGUCUCAGAGGCAGCUUUUAUGACCUUUUUGAUUUCCGAUCUCCUCGUUUGUAUCGUUUUGUUUUGGUGCCAUCGGUCCAGACGGUGCAUUUGCAUCCGGGUGCCAUGUCGUCAUUUUGCCAGCAGUUCUCCUGGUAAAGAACCACUUUGAAUUUCAGUAAUUCACCCAUUUAUUAUCAACAUUAUUUACUGUGUAAGUUGAUCACCCUGUUGAGUCCAAUCAUGCAACGAUCAUCUUCAUUCCUCACAGAAAGCUGCUGAGACAGACGCCCUGGAGUAUGGACGUGUUUAUAUUUAUAUUUCUACAAACACUCGCACACAACGUUCUGUGUUCAGCAACACGCGUGUGGCGCUGCGGCUCGUUGGGUUUUUCCUGCGGUCGUGCCAUGAACCAUAUAAUGGAGUUGCACAAUUUAUUUUUGUCUGUCUGCCCCCCCCCUCCCCUCGCCCCCUCCCAGAGCGCUGUAAAUAGAUUAUGUUAAUUAAGCUGCAGAGUUCCUAGAAGUAAAAGCACACACGGCGUACUGCUGCUUGGUGAGGACAUGGCACGCGUCGGUGAAUCAAACCACAACAUGGAGGAUGCUUUUUUUUUUUCUAAACCUGCGAUCAAGAGAAUUAAUGUACAGAAAGGCCGACUCGUCACUCACUUUAUUCACCCAAUCAGAAGUGGACAGUAGAGUCUGGGGGAGGAGCCUCAUCCCAGUCGUCCUUUUGGUGUAGAGUGGUGUACUUCUUUCCUCUAUGGUGCUACUUUUAUUUCCUCACCCUCUUGUUUUGAGUUCUGCUCGAUGUCUGCAGCAGAAAACGUCAACCGGCCCCCAAGUUCUGUGUCAGUGGGUUUGCAGCCUAUUUAAGUUGUGCUUUAAGUUUCCUUUUUAUUUACAGGUGCACUUUGAUUUUGAUUUUUUUUUUGCAAGCAAUGUUAGAAAACAGUCCAACAGCAUUAGGUGCCUUAACAAAGCGCGUUUAGACACACUUAGACCACACCCCCCCCCCCCCCCCUCACAGAAACUCUUCACGAGUCCCAGUCAGUCCUUCUGUAUAUUAUUUCUUCUUUGGUCGAUUAUAAGUGAACUGUCCAAUAAAUCAAGGGAUCAACUGAGAUUGAAUGUUUACCCACUUCUCCUUGUGUUAAAAUGUACUGUUCAUAUCACCAGCAGCUAAUCACCCCCCCCCCCCCCCACAGCCGGACGUCCUCAUCCACACUGUAAACUGUCCCAGGUUGUCCCGUCUCUGUGGUCUUUGUCCAGUAGACAGCUGUCAACAUCUCCAAUGGAUCCAAAAAGUUAAAACGAGAAAUGACAAAAAAAAAAAAAGACAAGCAAAACAAAUGUGAAUAGUUUGCGGACAUUUUAGCGUGUUGCGUUGGUAGUGGGGAACGUAAAGAGAAUUAAAAAUGGGCAGUUGUCUAUAUUGUCCGAUAUGUAAAUCAUGUGAACACAUCUUGUACUUAUUUAACAGUUUUGAAUACUUGAAAACUAUAUAAAGUUUCUUUGUGA